AUGAACCCAAUGACGAAUAUGAGAAAUGUGAAAAAACUGAGUGAACAAAAAUUGCAAAGUCUACCUAAAAUUUCUUAGCAUGAUUAAUAUAAAUCAAAUGCAUGGAUAUUUGUUGGCAGUUCACCAUAUGACCUUUCUGAAGGAGACAUUAUAGCUAUAUUUUCUCAAAAAAUUACCAACUUAAAUUUAGUACGUGAUAAAGACACAGAAAAACAAAAAGGAUUUUGUUUUGUAUGCUAUGAAGACCAAAGAAGUACAAUAUUGGCAGUAGAUAAUUUCAACGAUACGCGAGUUCUAAGUCGUAUAUUACGUGUUGAUCAUGUUAAAGAUUAUAAAGCAUCAAAAAGUUCAGAACCUACCCGUAAGAUUAAAAUUCAAAGAGGUAUUAAAUAG